AUGCACUAUCAGGCGCUGCUCCUGGAUGCAACUACUAUCAGCUGCAAGGAAACAACAGCCUUAAAUCCUGCUACCCUGCUGCCUGAUGAUGAUCCCUCCUUGCCUCUCCACAAUUGUAUUGAGGUCAUUGAUCACCUCACAGGACUUCGACCAGAUUUGACGAACGAGCCAUUACCUGGAGUUCCAUCUACUUCUCCGAUGGAAGCAGUUACAUCUAAAGAAAAGCUGCGAAAGGAAAUUGGUGACAGGAAAGCUCAGUUUGAGAAUGGCUGGCAGAAUUCAUAUUUGUACCCUGACUGGAGGAAAAAAUACUACCAAGCCGCGAAUGUGACUCUCGACCCAAAGACAGCCCAUCCUGCCCUCAUCUUGUCUGAAGAUAGACGACGAGUAACAAUGGGGGAGAAACUUCAAGAUCUUCCUAGCAGCCAGCUGAGAUUUGAAUCCCUUCCCUGCGUGCUGGGGCAACAGUCCUUCAGCUCAGGGAGGCACUUCUGGGAAGUGAAGGUUGACAGCAGUACAGCCUGGGACCUGGGACUCUGUCAGAGUAACGUGAUGAGAAAGGAGAAGACUUACAUAAAACCUGAGGCUGGUUUCUGGGCCAUUAGGUUUUAUAAUGAUGAGUACUGGGCACUCACUUCACCCAAGACUCAUCUCAAUCUAAAAGAGCCCCCUUGCACAGUCUGCAUUUUCUUAGACUACGAAAAUGGACAUGUCUCCUUCUACAACAUGACAGACCACAGCCACAUCCACACCUUUUCUCAAGGUGUUUUUUAUGGAUCCCUGAGGCCUUUCUUCAGGCUUUGGUCCAAAGAUUCGGGACAUCUGGACAUCUGUCCACUCCCUAAGGAGCCAGAAGUGGCACAGCUUGAUGAUGACCCUAACUCUCCUCUCAUUGUGGUUGUGGAUGCAUAAUAUCCCCUAAAGAUUAGUGAGGGCUGACACAUUGGUCAUGGCAUGGAUCUUCCUAUACUAGAGCACAUUGUUUUACUCAGUCUUUCCACUGUUCUUCUAAACAUUUAAAUUCCCUCAUAAAUGUUAUCAAAUAUUAUG